AUGAGCGCCAUGUAUCCCGGCAUGCACCGCGCGGCUGUCAAACAUCAUGCCCCCCCCUCCCGCCCACCUCCACGAGCCACCAUAGACUCGGAAGCCGUCACCUCACUUCCGGUGAACUUGACGCAGGAGGAGUCCGUCACGGCGGCCGCCAAAGAUGAAACUUCUCUCAUAGAAGCUUUUGAAAACACUUUGGACAUUUCCCAGUGGGCGGUGGGGGCUCAGUGUCAGGCGGUGUGGUCGGAGGACGGGCUGGUGUACCUGGCGAAGGACUGGAAACCUGCUGCUCGAUGUCGGGCCGUGUACUCGGAGGACAGUCUGGUUUAUCCGGCUGUCGUCCUGUGGGUCAAAGGCAGAGCCACAGCGGGCAAGGGCAGCAACUGGAAGUCCAACGUAACCAGCAGCAUCAACUUGGACUGGAGGAAGAGGAAGAGGAAGAGGAGAGGGGAGAACCAGGAGGAGAGAGGAAGUCAGCGCGACUACAUAUCAAGUAAUGCAAAGACACGAACAGACGACGGCAACGACACACCGACCAAUCACAGCUUCUCUUUCUUCCCUCCGUCUGCUCCUCCACCUCCUCGCUCCGGGGACCCCGUGUCCUUCAUCCCUCCUCCUCCUCUCUGGAUGUUCUGCAGCUCUGCAGACGUCGACGCCUCCUCCUGCAUGUUGAUGCUGUGGUACAUGUGUGGCUUCCACACCGGCAGCUCCAUGGCUCAGCAGUCGGAGUCCAAGGACUGAAGUAAGAACACACAGGUACACACUCAGGUAUAGUGUGUGUGUGUGCGUGUGCGUGUGCGUGUGCGUGUGCGUGUGCGUGUGUGUGUGUGUGGCGAUGCAGCCGGGACGAUCCUG